AUGGCGGACGGUGAGAGGUCCCCGUUACUAGCAGAUCUUGGAGAUGGUGCUCUUGUCGGCGGUAACGGCGGAGUGUCACCAGGCUCGGCUCCCUAUGGUUUACCAGAUAAACCACAAAGUGAGUAUCCAUGGAUGUUCUCCUACCUAGCCAAAGCAAAGAUAGCUGACAAAGCAUCGGUCCCUAUGAUUUUCAGAUUGCUAAGAGCACGAAAGGUUGCUUUCUUGGUAUCUAGCUAUCUACAUGGAUAGUUAGUAUCUGGGGAGUAAAUCGUGGUUGCUAGUCAGCUAGCUAGCUGUUGAUGCAAGCAUGCCGGUUAGUUAGCUAACUAGUGGUUAGCUGGCUAGUCACCUAGCUAGCUAAUUGGCUAGAAUGUUGUAACCUUUUGGCAUUUUCUACAUUUGUCGGCUAGUCAUCAUAGUUGAAGGGAUGUACUAAACAGAAACACCGAUGAUGUGUUGGGUUUUAUGUAUGGAACUAGCUAGAACUUGGAAGUUGUCUACCCAAAAAGAUGGCUAGCUAAUUGCUCAGUAUAGUAUACAAGAUACCAGAUUAUCCACGUGUUAUAAUAUUAUUUUUGGUAAUUCUGAGAUGUAUUAUAAAAUUAUAGCUAGUAGUGUAAUAUUUCUACCGCUAUUUCAAGAUCUACCGUCAGUGAUCUCUACUCUAGCUAGCUAGUUUGCAAAUCUCGAAACCAAAACACCUGAUUUGAUUGGCACCGCCCUGGGCCUCUCGGGAAGCUCAUAAUUACUGCAAUAUAAGACGACGACCAAUUACUGUCUCCAUUGGGAGGGGCUACUGUACUUAACUACAUAUUAGAAAAAUGGCGUGAGUCGAGGGUACACAUAAUAUGAUGCCUUUAAAUGUAUUUAUUUACCAAUGUAUUUAUUUACAAACAACUUAUUUAUUUGAAGUUGUUGGUACAGUGGUAACUGCUGAUUCCACACACACACACACACACACACACACACACACACACACACACAGAGCGAUAAGUCCCUGCAUUCCUGCAGUCCUUUUAUAAAGCUCCUUUUCAGUUGGAACUCGAGCCUCAAAUCUCAUUGUCUUGUUAAUCCUUAUUUAAAAGGUUAAAAAACAGAACAGUAUUUUCCGUGUUUAACCCUUUCUUGUUUCAGUGGCAGUGCACUAAUCUGCCACACUAUGUGUACAUUGUGUUAUUGUGUUGAGGCCUUAGUUAGUUGAAUGCACUGACUAAGUCGCUCAGAAUAAGAUGUAAAUGUGCCUCCCUCUCUCUGUAUUUCAGGCUUCCCUCCCUUCCCCAUCCCCACCCAGCCCUCAGUGCUCCUGGGGGAGGACCCUCCUCCUUACUCCCCCCUCACCUCCCCAGACAGUGGCAGCGCGCCAGUCAUCAGCUGUAGAGUGUGUCAGAGCCUCAUCAGCGUGGAGGGGAAGCUCCACCAGCAUGUGGUCAAGUGUGGGGUCUGCAACGAGGCUACGGUGGGUCACCUGUUUAGUGUUUACUUCCUGCAUGUUCAUUUAGGUCGUGUCUCUAAUGUUUACUGUAUAGUGCACUACUUUUGAACAGAGCCCUAUGCAUACCUUACAUCUACCUGCGUGUUAAUUUAGGUUGCGUUGCAAAAUGGUACCCUAUUCAUUUACAUUUGAGUCAUUUAGCAGACGCUCUUAUCCAGAGCGACUUACAGUUAGUGAGUGCAUACAUUUUUCAUACUAUUCCCUAUAUAGUGCACUACUUUUGAGCAGGGACCCUUUUUGAUCUUGUCAAAAGUAGUGCACUAUAUAGGGAAUAGGGUGCCAUUUGGGACAAAAUCUUAUACAACUGGUUGGUGUCACAUUUAUAGACAUUCGUCAUACAAGGUUGCAUACAGUGGUAGCUCAUGAGGCCACAGUAAACGCCAUAACAUACAACACAUUGAUUAAAAAAAAAAUAAUUACAUUGAUUUUUCAUCCCAUAUAAAAGUGGGCAACCUAGCCUGGUCUAAGAUCUGUUUGUGCUCUGGUCUGGUCUACUCCAUUGCUGUCAUUGUCAAGAAAAACACGACUGACACUCUAUGUGCAACCCCCUCUCUCACUUUUCUUGGAUCUGAUAAUGACUUCUUGUUCAUCUUGUUUGGCUUGUUCCCCCUCUGUGUCCUCGUCCUCCCUCUCCUCUUCCUCCCUUCUUCCUCCCUCUCCCUCUUCCUCCCUCUCCUCUUCCUCCCUCUCCUCUUCCUCCCUCUCCCUCUCCUCUUCCUCCCUCUCCUCUUCCUCCCUCUCCUCUUCCUCCCUCUCCCUCUCUUCAUUCUCCCUCUCCCUCUCUUCUUCCUCAUCCUCCCUCUCUUCUUCCUCAUCCUCCCUCUCUUCUUCCUCCCUUUCCCUCUCCUCUUCCUCCCUCUCCCUCUCCUCUUCCUCCCUCUCCCUCUCCUCUUCCUCCCUCUCCCCUCUCCUCUUCCUCCCUCCCCCUCUCCUCUUCCCCCUCCCCCUCUCCUCUUCCUCCCUCUCCCUCUCCUCUUUCUCCCUCUCCCUCUCCUCUUCCUAUUCCUCCUCUUGUGUCUCUCUGUAUCCCACUGUAGCCCAUCAAGAAUGCACCAGCAGGGAAGAAGUAUGUCCGCUGCCCCUGUAACUGUCUGCUCAUCUGCAAAGUCACCUCUCAGAGGAUUGCCUGUCCCCGCCCCUACUGGUAAGAGGGAGGGGGAGUGGAAAUAUAUUUCUCCCAUGGGCACAGAAACUAAAAAGGGGUGACAACAUUAAUUAACAAUCAUUUCGAUCCGAAUGUGCAAACUGUUCAAACAGAUCCGCAAAUAAGGUGGAUCCUUUUAAAUAUGCUAUUGGACCAUAAACAGAUUUGGCUCAUUAAUCUAUAUUGUCCAAAUAAUGGUGAUCCACGCUUCUUUUAAAAUAUAUAUAAUAAUUUAUCGAGCUUACAAGCAAUACAUGACUCAAGUAUUAUGGUGGGAGAUUAUAAUACGGUUUGAAGUACCUCAAUGGACCGUAAAGGAAAUCACACUACAAAUGAUGCACUUCAGGAAAUAACAAAUAUUGUGGACAUAUUGGAACUAGUGCGUAUGUGGAGGCUUAAAUAUCCUGACCUAGUGAGAUAUAUACAUGGCGGAGACUCAAUCAAGCUAGUCGUCUUGACUACUUUCUUAUGGCAUUCUCGCUGGCACCAAAUGUUUAAAUAGUAUUGAUAGUGGACAGAAUGCAGUCAGAUCAUCAAAUAAUUGAUAUACAGUGCAUUCGGAAAGUAUUCAGUCCCCUUCAAUUUUUCCACAUUUUGUCAUUCUAAAAUGAUUUUUUUUUUAUCCUCAUCAAUCUACACAUAAUACCCCAUAAUGACAAAGCGAAAACAAGAUUUGAGAAAUUUUUUGCAAAUGCAAAAAACAGAUACCUUAUUUACAUAAGUAUUUAUACCCUUUGAUAUGAGACUCAAAAUUGAGCUCAGGUGCGUCCUGUUUCUAUUGGUCAUCCUUGAGAUGUUUCUGCAACUUGAUUGGAGUCCACCUGUGGUAAAUUCAAUUGAUUGGACAUGAUUUGGAAAGGCACACACCUGUCUAUAUAAGGUCCCACAGUUCACAGUGCAUAUUGGAGCAAAAACCAAGCCAUGAAGUCGAAGGAAUUGUACGUAGAGCUCAGAGACAGGGUUAUGUCGAGGCACAGAUCUGGGCAAGGGUAUCAAAAAUUGUCUGCAGCAUUGAAGGUCCUCAAGAACAUGGUGGCCUCAUCAUUCUUAAAUGGAAGAAGUUUGGAACCACCAAGACACUUCCUAAAGCUCGCCGCCCGGCCAAACGGAGCAAUCGGGGGAGAAGGGCCUUGGUCAAGGUAAGUGACCAAGAACCCGAUGGUCACUCUGACAGAACUCCAGAGUUCCUCUGUGGAGAUGGGAGAACCUUCCAGAAGGACAACCAUCUCUGCAGCACUCCACCAAUCAGGCCUUUAUGGUAGAGUGGCCAAACGGAAGCCACUCAUCAGUAAAAGGCACAUGACAGCCCGCUUGGAGUUUGCCAAAAGGCACCUAAAAGACUCUCAGACCAUGAGAAACAAGAUUCUCUGGUCUGAUGAAACCAAAAUUGAACUCUUUGGCCUGAAUGCCAAGCGUCACGUCUGGAGGAAACCUGGCACCAUCCUACGGUGAAGCAUGGUGGUGGCAGCAUCAUGCUGAUGGGAUGUUUUUCAGCGGCAGGGACUGGGAGACUAGUCAGGAUCAAGGGAAAGAUGAACAGAGCAAAGUACAGAGAGAUCCUUGAUGAAAACCUGCUCCAGAGUUCUUUUGGUACCCUUCCCCAGAUCUGUACCUCGACACAAUCCUGCCUCGGAGCUCUACGCACAAUUCUUUCGACCUUGUGGCUUGGUUUUUGCUCUGAUAUGCACUGUCAACUGUGGGACUUUAUAUAGACAGGUGUGUGCCUUUCCAAAUCAUGUCCAAUAAAUUGAAUUUACCAUAGGUGGACUCCAAUCAAGUUGUAGAAACAUCUCAAGGUUGAUCAAUGGACACAGGAUGCACCUGAUUUCAAUUUCGAGUCUCAUUGCAAAGGUCUGAAUACUUAUGUAAAUAAGGUGUUUCAGUUUUGUUUAUUAUAUAUUUGCAGAAAUUACUAAAAACCUGUUUUCGCUUUGUUAUUAAGGGGUUUGUGUCUAGAUUGAUUAGGAAAAAAACAAUGUAAUACUUUUUAGAAUAAGGCUGUAACGUAACAAAAUGUGGAAAUAGUCAAGGGGUCUGAAUACUUUCCGAAUGCACUUGUUUUUGGUCGCAGGUUCAGGAAUGGCAGACAAAUUGCAACAUUUACCUGGUGCUAACUCUGCAAAUAGCGCUGCGGAGUGAUUUGAAAAGUAAUAAUAAUAAUGCUUUUAGCAAAAAUGUUUAUCUUUUAAUUUACAAUCUGUAGAAACUAUGAGAAUAGAAAGGUUCAGAAUUUUUGUUAAAAAUCAUCACAGCACAGUUAAGAAAUAUAUGGCAAAUAGAAAUCAAAACUGUUUUUGCUUUGUCAUUAUGGGGUAUUGUGUGUAGAUUGAUGAGGGAAAAAAAGCAUUUAAUCCAUUUUAGAAUAAGGCUGUAACGUAACAAAAUGUGGAGAAAGGGAAGGGGUCUGAAUACUUUCCGAAUGCACUGUAUGUCCCAAAUGGAGCCCUAUUCCCUAUAAUAGUACACUACUUUUAACCAGAGACAAACAGUGAGGGAAAAAAGUAUUUGAUCCCCUGCUGAUUUUGUACGUUUGCCCACUGACAAAGAAAUGAUCAGUCUAUAAUUUUAAUGGUAGGUUUAUUUGAACAGUGAGAGACAGAAUAACAACACAAAAAUCCAGAAAAACGCAUGUCAAAAAUGUUAUAAAUUGAUUAGCAUUUUAAUGAGGGAAAUAAGUAUUUGACCCCUCUGCAAAACAUGACUUAGUACUUGGUGGCAAAACCCUUGUUGGCAAUCAGAGGUCAGACGUUUCUUGUAGUUGGCCACCAGGUUUGCACACAUCUCAGGAGGGAUUUUGUCCCACUCCUCUUUGCAGAUCUUCUCCAGGUCAUUAAGGUUUCGAGGCUGACGUUUGGCAACUCGAACCUUCAGCUCCCUCCACAUAUUUUCUAUGGUAUUAAGGUCUGGAGACUAGCUAGGCCACUCCAGGACCUUAAUGUGCUUCUUCUUGAGCCACUCCUUUGUUGCCUUGGCCGUAUGUUUUGGGUCAUUGUCAUGCUGGAAUACCCAUCCACGACCCAUUUUCAAUGCCCUGGCUGAGGGAAGGAGGUUCUCACCCAAGAUUUGACGGUACAUGGCCCCGUCCAUCGUCCCUUUUUGAUGCGGUGAAGUUGUCCUGUCCUCUUAGCAGAAAAAUACCCCCAAAGCAUAAUGUUUCCACCUCCAUGUUUGACAUUUACAUUUUAGUCAUUUAGCAGACGCUCUUAUCCAGAGCGACUUACAGUUAGUGAAUACAUAUAUAUUUUUUUUAUACUGGCCCCCCGUGGGAAUCGAACCCACAUCCCUGGCGUUGCAAACGCCAUGCUCUAUCAACUGAGCUACAUCCCUGCCGACGCUGGGCCAAUUGUGCGACGCCCAUGAGUCUCCCGGUCGCGGCCGGCUGCGACAGAGCCUGGAUUCGAACCAGGAUCUCUAGUGGCACAGUUAGCACUGCGAUGCAGUGCCUUAGACCACUGCGCCACUGCGCGACGGUGGGGAUGGUGUUCUUGGGGUCAUAGGCAGCAUUCCUCCUCCUCCAAACACGGCGAGUUGAGUUGAUGCCAAAGAGCUCGAUUUUGAUCUCAUCUGACCACAACACUUCUCCUCUGAAUCAUUCAGCUGUUCAUUGGCAAACUUCAGAUGGCCCUGUAUAUGUGCUUUCUUGAGCAGGGGGACCUUGCGGGCGCUGCAGGAUUUCAGUCCUUCACGGCGUAGUGUGUUACCAAUUAUUUUCUUGGUGACUAUUGUCCCAGCUGCCUUGAGAUCAUUGACAAGAUCAUCCCGUGUAGUUCUGGGCUGAUUCCUCACCGUUCUCAUGAUCAUUGCAACUCCACGAGGUGAGAUCUUGCAUGGAGCCCCAGGUCGAGGGAGAUUGACAGUUAUUUUGUGUUUCUUCCAUUUGCGAAUAAUCGCACCAACUGUUGUCACCUUCUCACCCAGCUGCUUGGCGAUGGUCUUGUAGCCCAUUUUAGCCUCGUGUAGGUCUACAAAUAUUGUCCCUGACAUCCUUGGAGACCUCUUUAGUCUUGGCCAUGGUGGAGAGUUUGGAAUCUGAUUGAUUGAUUGCUUCUGUGGACAGGUGUCUUUUAUACAGGUAACGAGCUGAGAUUAGGAGCACUCCUUAGAGUGUGCUCCUAAUCUCAGCUCGUUACCUGUAUAAAAGACACCUGGGAGCCAGAAAUCUUUCUGAUUGAGAGGGGGUCAAAUACUUAUUUCCCUCAUUAAAAUGCAAAUCAAUUUAUUACAUUUUUGACAUGUUUUUUCUGGUUUUUUUUGUUGUUAUUCUGUCUCUCACUGUUCAAAGAAACCUACCAUUUAAAAUUAUAGACUGAUAAUUUCUUUGUCAGUGGGCGAACGUACAAAAUCAGCAGGGGAUCAAAUACUUUUUUCCCUCACUGUAUGGGCCCUGGUCAACAGUAGUGUACUAUAUAGUGAAUAGGGUGCCAUUUGUGGUCCUCUGUAGCUCAGCUGGUAGAGCACGGCGCUUGUAACGCCAAGGUAGUGGGUUCGAUCCCCGGGACCACCCAUACACAAAAAUGUAUGCACGCAUGACUGUAAGUCGCUUUGGAUAAAAGCGUCUGCUAAAUGGCAUAUUAUUAUUAUUAUUAUUAUUAUUUCAGACGCAGACACUGUCAUAUAUAAAGAUUUUGUCCAGGUGGCAUGUUGUCUACUUGGUGAAUACAGUUGAUACAGCAUGUGAAACCCCUUAAAUCACACUUCAUUCACACUGAUACUAGUGCAUCAAGGACUGCGUUAGGCUAACCCAGGCCCCUACAUAAGUUAGUUGACUUGUAUGGAACUUGCGCUCAGUUGCAUUUAAACCUAGCUAGUAAUACCGACUUAGACUGAACAGUGAGUUCUGUGGUUGUCUAGUAUAUUGACUUGUAGACUGAACAGUGAGCUAUGUGGUUGUUUACAAGUCAAUAUAUUGGACAAACAACCACAUAGCUCACUGUUCAGUCUACAAGUCAAUAUACUGGACAGACUGUUAAGAUCAUUUCUAUCUCUAAUUCAACCUAAGCUUGAAUCAUUACCAGAGGUUGUAAGGCUCUGAUUUUAAUCAUAAAUGAUUCAAGGUCCACAACCAACAAUAAUGAUCUGUCUUUUUAUUCAUGGAGAGCUCUGGCGCCAAAACCCAUACACUCCUGUUUUAUACCCCUUGACACACAAAGGCACUUUGCUCCACCCACCUUUAGGAGGCUUUCUUAAACAGUUUCCACCUUUCUCCUUCACCCUGGAAUGUUUAGUCUCGCCCCCCUCUGUUAGUGGGUUGAUACUACAUUCUAAAUAUAACACAGUUUACACAUUUAUACUGUAUUUGGGGUGAAAUCCUUUAGUCAUUAUUCUUAAAAUACAAAUUAAUCUAACAUAGACUGAACAGUGAGUUCUGUGGUUGUUUGUCUAGUAUAUUGACUUGUAGACUGAACAGUGAGUUCUGUGGUUGUUUGUCCAGUAUAUUGACUUGUAGACUGAACAGUGAGCUAUAUGGUUGUCUAGUAUAUUGACUUGUAGACUGAACAGUGAGUUCUGUGGUUGUCUAGUAUAUUGGCUUGUAGACUGAACAGUGAGCUAUAUGGUUGUCCAGUAUAUUGGCUUGUAGACUGAACAGUGAGCUAUGUGGUUGUUUGUCCAGUAUAUUGACUUGUAGACUGAACAGUGAGUUCUGUGUUUGUCCAGUAUAUUGACUUGUAGACUGAACAGUGAGUUAUAUUGUUGUUUGUCCAGUAUAUUGACUUGUAGACUGAACAGUGAGUUCUGUGGUUGUUUGUCCAGUAUAUGAUUGUAACUAAACAGUGAGUUAUGUGGUUGUCUAGUAUAUUGACUUGUAGACUGAACAGUGAGUUCUGUGUGUUGUCAGUAUAUUGACUUGUGCACUGAACAUUGAGUUCUGUGGUUGUCUAGUAUAUUGACUUGUAGACUGAACAGUGAGCUAUGUGGUUGUUUUUCCAGUAUAUUGACUUGUAGACUGAACAGUGAGUAUCUGUGGUUGUUUGUCAGUAUAUUGACUUGUAAGAACGUGAGCAGUGGUUGUCAGUAUAUGGCUGUGACUGACUCUAAUGGUGUAUAUAUUGGCUUGUAGACUGACCAGUCAGUUCUGUGGUUGUCUAGUAUAUUGGCUUGUAGACUGACCAGUCAGUUCUGUGGUUGUCUAGUAUAUUGGCUUGUAGACUGACCAGUCAGUUCUGUGGUUGUCUAGUAUAUUGGCUUGUAGACUGAACAGUGAGUUCUGUGGUUUUCUAGUAUAUUGGCUUGUAGACUGACCAGUCAGUUCUGUGGUUGUCUAGUAUAUUGGCUUGUAGACUGAACAGUGAGUUCUGUGGUUGUCCAGUAUAUUGGCUUGUAGACUGACCAGUGAGUUCUGUGGUUGUCCAGUAUAUUGGCUUGUAGACUGACCAGUGAGUUCUGUGGUUGUGCUCCCCAGUAAGAGGAUAAUAAACCUGGGUCCAGUCCAUCCUGGUCCAGCCAGCCCUGAACCCCAGCCAGCCGGAGCUCGGGUCUCCUGUGGACACUGCAACAACACUUUCCUGGUACGACCCUUCACCUCUCUCAAAGCCAGUAUAUAGGCUCUAUCUCAAUGAGUCAUUCCAUGAUUCCUCACAUCCUCUCUCCUCGCCUUCUCCUCAACUGUAUUGAAGGAGAAGGUUCCUCCCUCUUUGACCUUCUUGUCCAAUGUGUUUUCAGAAGGAAAAGGAAUUGAGUGAGGAAAAGGAAUCAAGGAAAGAUUAUUUGAUAAUGAGCCACAGUGUACACCAAAGCAGUUAUGAAGGCCAGGAAGUCUUGAAUAUUGCUAACAUGGAUAAUACUCUACUGAACUAAUUUUUUAUAUUUAUAUGAUGAGUGUCUUGUAAUGUGUUUCAGUGGACAGAGUUUACUGACCGGACACUCGCCAGGUGCCCCCACUGCAGGAAAGUGUGAGUCCCUUCUGUCUGUCCAUAGGCUACUCAGUCAAUACAGCCGAGUCCAUCAAAGUGGUUAUACAAUAAUUAUGCUCAAGAUGAAGUCCUUCAGUGGUGGCUGGUGGCACAUUAAAUCGGAGGACAGACUCAUAGUAAUGGUUGGAACGGCAUUAAUGGAACUUGUCAAACGCAUGCUUUCCAUGUGUUUGAUUCCAUUCCAGCUAUUAUUAUGAGCCGUCCUUUCCACACCAGCCUCCACUGAUGUCCUUCAUCCUAUAUUUUUCUUAAAUAUGUAUUCAUCCCCUUGUGAGCUGUAGGCAGUUGUCAGCAGUGGGUCAGAUUCCCAUACCAUAAGCCUGUAGCAUUAGUCUUCAGGAUAAGCUCUUUACGGCCUUGUUGUGCGCAACAUCUCAAAUCUUACACAACCUUGUUAGUGUGACUUGCUUCAUCAACUCAUUAUUUAAACCUAUGAAGUUCUUGACAUUACCAUAAAAAAUACUUUUGGACAGCUGAAGCAAGUUAUAUUUCAUGCUAAAAUAUAUAUAUUUUUAAACCGUUUCUCCUUCUCUUUUGCCACGCCCCUUCAACAUGCAGCUCCUCUAUUGGUCAGAGGUACCCUCAAAGGCGGAGCUUGUGGUGUUUUCUACUAUGCUUGCUUUUCAGCAUCUCCACUGCUGGGCUGGUGGUGAGUACCCACUCCAUGCUGUCCACUCCAUGCUGUCCACUCCAUGCUGUCCACUCCAUGCUGUCCACUCCAUGCUGUCCACUCCAUGCUGUCCACUCCAUGCUGUCCACUCCAUGCUGUCCACUCCAUGCUGUCCACUCCAUGCUGUCCACUCCAUGCUGUCCACUCCAUACUGUCCACUCCAUGCUGUCCACUCCAUGCUGUCCACUCCAUGCUGUCCACUCCAUACUGUCCACUCCAUACUGUCCACUCCAUGCUGUCCACUCCAUGCUGUCCACUCCAUACUGUCCACUCCAUGCUGUCCACUCCAUGCUGUCCACUCCAUGCUGUCCACUCCAUGCUGUCCACUCCAUACUGUCCACUCCAUGCUGUCCACUCCAUGCUGUCCACUCCAUACUGUCCACUCCAUACUGUCCACUCCAUACUGUCCACUCCAUGCUGUCCACUCCAUACUGUCCACUCCAUACUGUCCACUCCAUACUGUCCACUCCAUGCUGUCCACCAGGUGAUGACCUCACAAUAAAAACACAUCCCUUAAGAACACAUUGUUUAAAAAAAGCAUAAUAUUGUCAUGUUUCACAACCACGCCCUCUGCCACGCUUAAUCACCUAAGCCCUUUUUUUAGCUAAGGAAAAAAAAAUGUCUCUUGCAUCUACUGCUCUCUGUGUUCUCUCUCCCUCUGUUCUGUGCCGUAGGCGGGUACUGUGCACUCUACAUGUGCACACUGUCAGAGUCCUAUCACAAACACACCACCCUUAGCCUUGUAAAAUGCUGCAUCUCUAAGUCUUCUUCCUCUCUGUGUUUUGUAGGCUGGUACGUGGGUGAAGGCCCAGGCCUACGGGGGUAUCUAUGCCUCCUGGGUCAUGCUGAUCCUGCUGGUACUCCUGACCCUGGGCCGGGCUCUAUACUGGGCCUGCAUGCCUGUUAGUGAGCCCCUACAGAACUUCACAUAGACACACACACACACACACACACACACACACACACACACACACACACAGGCGUAAGAUGAAGUUGCCCCUAGAUGCUGAUCUUGGGUCAGUUUUAUAUUUCCCCACUAAUGGUUAAGGUCAGGAUUGGGGGAAGGGAAGCUGAUCCCAGAUCUGUAGUUAAGGUUAGGAUUGGGGGGAGGGGAAGCUGAUCCUAGAUCUGUAGUUAAGGUUAGGAUUGGGGGGAGGGGAAGCUGAUCCUAGAUCUGUAGUUAAGGUUAGGAUUGGGGGAAGGGGAAGCUGAUCCCAGAUCUGUAGUUAAGGUUAGGAUUGUGGGAAGGGAAGCUGAUCCCAGAUCUGUAGUUAAGGUUAGGAUUGUGGGAAGGGGAGCUGAUCCUAGAUCUGUACCUAUGGGAAACAUCACCCUUAAGUAGGGCUGGGCGAUAUAUCAAAUUAAUUAGAUUGAUUCAAAUUGAUGUUUUUUGCGCGACAUUCCAAAUGCCCGUAUCGCAAGAAUCGAGUUAUUUUUAUUAUUAUUUUUAUAUCGCUUUUAUGAGGCGUUUAUGUCCGCUUGUUCUCAUGUUGUCUUUUGUUGUCUCUGUAAUAGAGGAGAAGUUAACCUUUCUAUCAAUACCCUUUUUUAUGUCUCAACUACUCAAAUUGACACUACUAAAACAGGAGUAUCAUUCUGGAAAAUACAUGCUCGGUGUUGCGCGCAGCAUUACUGUUAUACUAGCUGUCUAGUCUGUCUUUUAUAAAUGUGCAAUAAGCAAAAAAACACAAUUUAUAUAAGUAAUUGGCAACUAGUUCUCAUUCUGAGAAAUAUGGUAGGUCACUUGAUUUCAACAUCUGAAGAAAGUGGACAGGCUAGCAUUCUGUUCAAACAGUUGGAGAUGGACAGAAGGGUGUGUUCAUAACAAUUCAACUGUUCUGCCUUGCUAUCUAGCAAAUAGAUCCAUGUUGGCUAAACUUGAAACAUAAAGAUUAGUUGGCUACUCACUAGCACGUGGGCUUGUGCUUGAGAGAUUAUUUAUGAGACCUGUGUUCAUUUUCUAUAAUGCCUGCUACAAGAAGUUGUUCAUUAUUAGUGAAUGUGCAUUACACAUGGUUCUGGUUCCAUUUAUAAAAGAUAAAGGGCAUUUGAAAAUCACUUGAAAAUCAGAUCAGUGAUUAUUGCAAAAAAGCAGGUUAAACUAUUUUGAAAAAAUAAUUAAAUUGUUAGUGGGUCUUUAUGGUUGUGGACGGCUCAUAUUUAGCCUGGGUUUAAUUUCACAAGCCCUGCAUUUACUAGAUUAUUGCUGACUGUUUGAAAUGCGGAGUAUUUGACCUAUUAAUUGUACAACAAAGCUUAUUUAGAGAAAACAUUACAAAAAAAAAUGUAGAUCUAUAUUGUGAAUCGUCCAUAAGCUAUGAUUUUUAAGCCGUAUCGCCCAGCCCUACCCUGGAGACUUUUAUUUAUUAAACGAAAGAUCAAAACAAGACAUUCCCCUCCUCCUUCGCUUUAGUCUGUUGUUCAUUGUGUUUCCAAACUGGAUGAUGAAGAAUAUUUACUGAAGGAGCAGUAGCUUGACUGCUACAUUUACUAAUAAUAAUAAUAAUAAUAAUAAUAUGCCAUUUAACAGACGCUUUUAUCCAAAGCGACUUAGUCAUGUGUGCAUACAAUUUUUACGUAUGGGUGGGCCCGGGGAUCGAACCCACUACCCUGGCGUUACAAGCACCAUGCUCUACCAAUUGAGCUACAGAGGACCACCUUAUAAAUUGAUGAGUAGUUCACUUUAACAUGUUCAACUACUUUCCCUUCCCCUGUUUUAAUCGUUGCUUAGGCCAGUCUAUUGCAGGUGUUGGUGGCCACACCAGAACCACAUAUAAUGGCAUGGCAGAUUGGAACACCGUCUUAAAUGAUGACAUAGCCCUCGGAUAAGACAGCGCCUCCGCAAACCCUGAUUUUAUGUUCUGUUUUUGGGCAUUUGACAUGAGAUUUAAUUAUUAGUUUUUUUGGAAAACCCUUGAAGCGUUGUUGAAAGGCAAAGUCAGCUAAAUUGAGGCCAGUGUAAGGUGCAUACCACCUAAAUUACCCUCCUUUUCCCAGACAUGGAGCUGGGUUUGAAGGGAGGUUAGGGCUGCGUCCCAAAUGGCACCCUAUUCCCUAUAUAGUGCACUACUUUUGACCAGGGCUCAGUAUGGUCGAAGGUCAGAAGUAGUGUACUAUAUAGGGAAUGAGGGUGCUUAUUGGGCCACUUGCUAGGGCAUCGUCAGAGUGAGGUCUGGCAGUAUGUUGGAGUCGAUAUUUAUGCUGCAUAAACUGUCUGUGGGAGUGUUCGUCUUUGAUCCAAAGCAGUUUAGAAGCCUUAAAGAAGUUGGAGAGAAAGAUUCAACAGCCUCAUUUAAAUUUGACUGGACACACACACAAACACACACACACACACACACACACGUAUACGUACGUACACACUCUCAUCCCCCACACAUACAUACCAAAAGAUGGGUAUUGUGAGAGUCUCUGUAGUGGUAGGCGUAGGCAGCCAGCGUGAAAAGCAUCUCUCCUCAAGGACUUCUGUUCAUACAAGAGUUUGUUACACGUCAUCUCCUAGUCAUCUAAUUAUUGUGCUCUAGGUUAAUAUUAUAUUCUUAUCCAUCUAAUAGCUUAGAAGUGAGGUCAACAUGAGCUGUCAGUAGAACUCCUAGAGAUGUACUAGAGCGCUUCAAGGCGGUGAAAGCCCUCGAUGGCGCUGCCCAUGUUAUAUAAAAACGGGCUUUGGGCCAAGUGUGCCCCUCUAUCCAACUCUACAGUCUUACUACACUACAUGUACCAUCAUCUAAACGCAGUCCUUGGUGACGGAGGCAGGCUGUGGUUGUUGUAGGCCUCUUUCUCCUUUUAGUAGUGCUCUAAAUGGGGAGUAGGGUGCCGUUUGGGGUUUCAGUCAGGGUAAGAGGGAAACUGUUGGUGAAGAUAAUUCAUACAGACUACCUGCAUAUUCAAACACACUUCAUCUAACCAUAUAACCUGUCUGUGGUUCGGAAUGUGGGUCAUAGUAAAUUUUUUUUUACAGCUACGUUAAUUUCUGUUUUAAUUGUACAUAUAUUUGUUGUUGUUUUAUGUAAGAGUAAUUAUUACUAAACAGAUAUUGCACUUGUGUGCAUAACACUACAUGAUUGAUUCUUUGAUCACUUUUAUUUGUUGUUUUGUUAAUUAAUAGGGUUAUUUUUGCAACCCUUGUUAUUUAUUUUAACGGGAAUCUGCAAAGUUGUUAGUUAUUUGAUUACCUACUAACACAUUAAGCCUCUGGACACGGGAAUAUGUGUCCAAUUCUUAACCUAACACACUAACACACACACACAUUCAUCAUUUACAUAUAGACAAUCAAACAUUUGAACCACAAAUGGCAUCACUUAAACACACACACACACACACACACACACACACACACACACAGAGAGUGACAAAUGGAUGGAUACACACACAGCUCUUUGAGAUGGUUUACCCUGCUUGACAGAACUGUGACAGUAGCAGUGAUAGUUAUUUUAAAAUAUCAUGUUAUUUAUUAUAAUGAUCAUGUUUUAAUCAUGAUAUUAUGUACAAUAUUGAUCAUGUUAAUGACGCCAAUAAUCAACAACCUGGCUGAUGAUGCUCUUAUCAGAGUUUGUUUACACACAAUAAAGACAUGAUGUAUGAAAAUAUCAGAAUGCUUUUUAGGCUCUUUUUUUUAAUCAAAUGUUUUUAUUGCUUUUAAGACCAUUUACUACAACAUAAUAAAUCACAAUACCAGACGAUACACUAAUGAAACCCAAACAAGACCAAACAGUGUUAUUACAGAUUCUCAGACACAUUCACAGGCUGUUAUAAUGGAAUUAGUGUAAGUUACAUUCUAUUCAAAUGAAAAGUUGAAGAGGGUCCAUUAUGUUUUGCGAUGUGCACCAGUGAUCAAAAGGUGUCAAAACAUUUUUAUGCACACCUAACCUGGCUCCAUUUGGGCUCUUGAGUUUCAUGCGGGUUUCAUUAUUUCGUCGACAUGAGAUGGAAGGAUUAGUAUUUCGUCGACAUGAGAUGGAAGGAUUAGUAAUGUUGAGAAACCAUUAAAAAUAUAUAUAAAUAAACUGCUCCCUGGAGAGAAGGUGGCCUUCCCCAAUGGCACCCUAUUCCCUAUGUAGUGCACUACUUUUGACCAGGGCCUUAUGGGGUCUGCACUAUACAGGGAAUAGGGUGCCAUUUGGGACGUGACCAAGGAAAGCGGGAGGAGAAGUCCUCAAACCUUCUGGCUUUAAGUGACUUUAGCUCAGAGGGCAUUAUCUUUAGCUCAGGGGGCAUUAUCUUUAGCUCAGAGGGCAUUAUCUUUAGCUCAGGGGGCAUUAUCUUUAGCUCAGGGGGCAUUAUCUUUAGCUCAGAGUGCAUUAUCUUUAGCUCAGCGGGCAUUAUCUUUAGCUCAGAUGGCAUUAUCUUUAGCUCAGAUGGCAUUAUCUUUAGCUCAGAGGGCAUUAUCUUUAGCUCAGAUGGCAUUAUCUUUAGCUCAGAGGGCAUUAGCUUUAGCUCAGAGGGCAUUAUCUUUAGCUCAGAGGGCAUUAUCUUUAGCUCAGAGGGCAUUAUCUUUAGCUUGCUAGCCCUUCUGCAAGAGAGAGUAGGCCGGUAAUCUAGGUCCUGUUAAACACACAAAAACUCUCUCUCACUCACACACAUACACACACUCUCUCACUCACACACACACUCUCACUUGCACUUUGCCUCCCUUACACACAUGAGAAUUGAUAGUCCCACUAAACUCAUAGUCAGGACUGAAUACUGGGCCCUGAAAAAACACACUCAAAUCUUCAUCCCUUACAGGAUUUGACCCUAAGACCCGCAGCAUGACCCCAUCCCACACCAUCAUAUAUAACCCCCCCCAUCCCACACCAUCAUAUAUAACCCCCCAUCCCACACCAUCAUAUAUGACCCCCCAUCCCACACCAAUCAUAUAUGACCCCCCAUCCCACACCAUCAUAUAUGACCCCCCCAUCCCACACCAUCAUACAUGAUCCCAUCCCACACCAUCAUAUAUGACCCCCCCCAUCCCACACCAUCAUAUAUGACCCCCCAUCCCACACCAUCAUAUAUGACCCCCCAUCCCACACCAUCAUAUAUGACCCCCCCAUCCCACACCAUCAUACAUGAUCCCAUCCCACACCAUCAUAUAUGACCCCCCCAUCCCACACCAUCAUAUAUGACCCCCCCCCAUCCACAUCAUCAUAUAUGACCCCCAUCCCACACCAUCAUAUAUGACCCCCCCCAUCCCACACCAUCAUAUAUGACCCCCCCAUCCCACACCAUCCAUAUAUGACCCCCCAUCCCACACCAUCAUAUAUGACCCCCCCAUCCCACACCAUCAUAUAUGACCCCCCCAUCCCACACCAUCAUCAUAUGACCCCCAUCCCACACCAUCAUAUAUGACCCCCCCAUCCCACACCAUCAUAUAUGACCCCCCAUCCCACACCAUCAUAUAUGACCCCCCCCAUCCCACACCAUCAUAUAUGACCCCCCAUCCCACACCAUCAUAUAUGACCCCCAUCCCACAUCAUCAUAUAUGACCCCCCAUCCCACACCAUCAUAUAUGACCCCCCAUCCCACACCAUCAUAUAUGACCACCCCAUCCCACACCAUCAUAUAUGACCACCCCAUCCCACACCAUCAUAUAUGACCCCCCAUCCCACACCAUCAUAUAUGACCCCCCCAUCCCACACUGAAGUCGGAUAUUUCUGAAUAUCCGACUUCAGUGUGAUGAUGAGGAUGUUGAUGAUGAUGAGGAUAUUUUACAGAUGCAGUGUAACUGUACUUCCUCCAUAGGAUCCUCUCAUUACCAUAUUGGAGCAAAAGUAAGUAUUUGCUCUCAUAUGUAGCUGUCUGUGUCUAUGUAUUUGUCUUUGUGUCAGUGUUUACUUUGGCUUUGUCUCAAUUCAUCUUUCCUCGAUUCCUCGCAUUCUUCACAAAGUACAUUGGAGCAGAAGAUCUGAGGUUCCUCCUCUCAGAUAUUCUCCUUUUGUGAAGGAGGCGAGUAGGAAGCUGCAAGCAAUCAAGUCAAUACAAUUGAGAUUCACCCUGUGUCUGUAUGUUUACUUUGACUGUACAAGCCGGCUUGGGGGAGGCUGUGGGAAAAGAGGAACCCCACAUGAACUAGGAAAAGCUGAACAGAGCACGGAGGUGAGGUGACAUACUCACUAUACCCACAUGGAGAAAGGCUCAAUACUACUGUUGUUCCCAUAGAUACACAUGCUCAGGUACAGUCUCAAUACUACUGUUGUUCCCAUAGAUACACAUGCUCAGGUACAGUCUCAAUACUACUGUUGUUCCCAUAGAUACACACACUCCGGUACAGUCUCAAUACUACUGUUGUUCCCAUAGAUACACACACUCCGGUACAGUCUCAAUACUACUGUUGUUCUCAUAGAUACACAUACUCAGGUACAGUCUCAAUACUACUGCUGUUCCCAUAGAUACACACACUCAGGUACAGUCUCAAUACUAACUGUUGUUCCCAUAGAUUACACACCACUCCGGUACAGUCUCAAUACUAUUGGUUUGUUCUCACUAGAUACCAACAUGCUCAGGUACAGUCCUCAAUACUAACUGUUGUUCCCAUAGAUACACAUGCCCAGGUACAGUCUCAAUACUACUGCUGUUCCCAUAGAUACCACACUCAGGUAGCAGUCUCAAUACUACUGUUGUUCCCAUAGAUACACACACUCCGGUACAGUCCUCAAUAACUAUUGUUGUUCUCAUAGAUAUACACAUGCGCAGGUACAGUCCUCAAUACGACUGUUGUUCCCAUAGAUUAACACAUGCGCAGGUACAGUCGUCAAUACUACUGGUGUUCCCAUAGAUACACAUGCUCAGGUACAGUCUCAAUACUACUGUUGUUCCAAUAGAUUACACAUGCUCAGGUACAGUCUCAAUACAUACUGUUGGUUCUCAUAGAUUACACAUUCUCAAGGUACAGUCUCAAUACUACUGUUGUUCCCAUAUAUACACAACACUCCGGUACAGUCUCAAUACUACUGUUGUCGCAUUAGAUACACAUGCUCAGGUACAGUCCUCAAUACUACUGUUGUUCCCCCACGCUCAGGUACAGUCUCAAUACUACUGUUGUUCCCAUAGAUACACACACUCCGGUACAGUCUCAAUACUACUGUUGUUCCCAUAGAUACACACACUCAGGUACAGUCUCAAUACUACUGUUGUUCCCAUAGAUACACACACUCUGGUACAGUCUCAAUACUACUGUUGUUCCCAUAGAUACACACACUCCGGUACAGUCUCAAUACUACUGUUAAACCUUAAUGCCAACAGGUACUACUACAAUAAGAGAGUCCUCCAUAAGACCAAAGGGAAGACCCUCUGAAGACCCUUUCACACUGGCUGAAUCAACGUUGUUUCCGAAUUAUUUCAAUGAAAUUACGGUGAUACAAUGUGGAAUAGAUGUUGAAUUGACGUCUGUGCCCAGUGGGGAGAUUCACCUACAAGUCUAACUUCAGUAAACUGAUCCUGGUCAACUACCAAGGGUACCCACCUUGUCACCAGGUCCCCUGUUUAUCUCAAGGUGUACAUCCCAAAUGGCACCCUAUUCCUACUAUCUCACUCAUCUCAUAUAAGGAUGUAGGGCUUUGAAAUGCACCUCUUACUUUCUGACUCCCACCUGGUCCAGAGUGCCCCUCUCCCGUUCUCCCUCCUCCACCCUGAGGGAGGGGUACCACUGUGUGGAGGAGGGGGAGGGCCCAUGGAGGCCAGA